CCGGUUCUUCCAACUUGUCCCAUUCACAUGGCGAAAAAGCAUUAACUGCUUCUCCGAAGGAAGGUAGAAUACUCCUACCUCUAUGGAGCAAGGCAAAUGGGGAUAUUUCCCAUGCUGCAUUGCGCGAAUCCGCGGUUAAUUUGUAAACAACAUGGCUGACGUUCAGUUGACUGCUCGGUGGACUGUCAGCGAAACAAUCGCUUUAAUUGAAAUCUGGGGGUGCGAUAGCAUCCAGAAAAAAUUGGAUGGAACAGUACGCGAUACUGAAAUUUAUAGACAAAUACAGAAAGAAUUAUCUGAUGCUGGCUAUUCCAGAAAUACGGUUCAGAUUAAAACAAAAGUAAAAGCGCUGAGACGAGAAUAUCGACUGCAGCGAGAUAAAUUAAGACUGUCUGGAGCUGGUGGAAAAAUUACUUUUCGAUUUUAUCAUGAAAUGGAUAAAGUUCUAGGUUCCAGAGAUGCCUCGAAUCCCGGCCUGAUAACGGAAACUGAGAUUCUUGGAUUGGAAGAGUCAGUUCCAUCUGAAAUGUUGAAUACUUCCGAAGAAAGUUUUUUGUGUAUGGAUCAUCAAGGAACUGAAAUGUAUGAACAGUCACAAGAGUGUUCGCCAAUUCCUCCAACUCCUAGUUCACAUUUUUCUUCAUUGAAUGGGCAACGUUCUUUCCCGGCGACGGAAGAAAAAUCUGAAGGAUGUGAUAGAAAAAACCAUUGA